AUGCGGGAAAGAUCGACUGACCUCGUCGGCAGGGGAAUGAACACAAGACAGUUGUUCGGGAUCGCCCGAGUUAGUCACUUGAAACUUGUUUUGUUGUGUCGAACAAAGAAAUGGAAAGAGACUGAGACAGACAAUUCCAUCAAUACCUCCUCUCGUUCUUCUUCUUCUUCAUCUUCUGUUUCUGAAUCGUUUUCUUCUUCUUCUUCUUCUUCUUCAAUACAUUUUCUUUUCCCUUUUUUUCCUUUUACUCCCUUUCCUUUUGUCUUUCUUUCUGUCAUAUUCUUUAGUACGUUUUCUCUUUCUUUCAAUCUGCUUUCUCCUUUCUAUCGUCUUCUUCUUCUUUCUUCUUCUUCUUCUUCUUUCUUCUUCUUCUUCUUCUUCUUCAAUACUUUUCUUUUCCCUUUCUUUAAAGAAUUUUUUACUCCCUUUCCUUUUGGACAUUUUCUGUCAUAUUCUUUAUACUUUUUCUCUUUCUUUCAGUCUACUUUCUCCUUUCUAUCAUCUUCUCCUUUCUUUUUCCACACUAAUCUUUCUGUAGAGCUUUCAUUUUCUCCCCAUCUUCCUUCCCUUUCUUUCCAGCUUCUUCUUCUUCUUCUUCUUCUUCUUCUUCUUCUUCUUCUUAUAUUCUUCUUAUUAUAUAUAUCUCCCUGUUUUAAACUGCUUCGUUUCCCCCUCCUUGUUCUUCUUGUUCUUGUUGUUGUUCUUCUUCUUUUGAAAUCUUCUAAAGUCCUUUGUUUUCUUCAUUUUCUCUCCCUUUCUAUCCUUGUCUUCCGUCAUUAUCCUGUUUCUUUUCAUCCUUUACUUAUAUUGCCCUUUAUUCGGCGAAAUUUAAAUAGAAGACAAUCAUCGAGAUUUUUUCUGUCUUUUAUCGCAAAUGUAUUUCGCCAUUUCUUUUUCAUUUCUUUCUUUCCUCUAUCACUCCACACCAUUUCUCUUUUCUUUUUUUUUUUUUCAUUCACAGCUUUUCUAUUGACUUUCUCCUUUCUAUUUCCACACUAUUUUUCUUUAAUGUUUUCAUUUUCUUCCCUUUUCAUUCUCUAUCUUUCCAGCGGCUUCGUUUCUUCUUCUUCUUUUUUUAUUUCAAUCUUUUCCCUCCUACUUUUUUCUUCUUCUUUCAAUGUUCUUCCUCCUACUUUUUCUUCUUUCAAUUUUCUUCCUCUGACUUCUUCUUUCAAUCUUAUUCCUUUUACUUUUUCUUCUUUCAAUCUCCUUAUUCCUCCUUUUUCUUCUUCCUGUUUCAAUCGUCUUCCCACUAUUUCUUCUUCUUCAUUCAAUCUUCUUCCUCCUAAUUCUUUUUAUCUCAAUCUUUUUCCCCUUACUUUGUCUUCUUUCAAUAUUUCCACUUCUUCUUCUUCUUCUUUAUUCUUCUUCUUCUUCUUCUUCUUCUUCUUCUUCUUCUUUUUCUUCUUCGUUCAGUCUUCUCGUUCCUCCUUUUUCUUCUUCUUCUUUCAAUCUUCUUCGCCCUACUUCUUAUUUCAAUCUUUUCCUCCUACUUUUUUCUUUUUCUUUCGUUCUCUUUCCAUUUACUUCUUUCUCUUCUUCAACCUUAUUCUCCCUAAUUCUUCUUCUUCUUUCGAUCUUCCUCCUCCGCCUCCUCCUCCUCCUCCUCAUCUUUCUCCUUCUUUUAAUCUUCUUCUUCUUCCCCCGACUUCUUCUUCUUUCUAUUUUCUUCCUCCCACUUCUUCUUCUUUCAAUAUUUUAACUCCUCCCACUUCUUCUUCUUUCAGUCUUUUUCCUCCUACUACCACUUCUUUUUCUUUCAAUAUUUUCUUCUUCCUCCUUCUUUUUCUUCUUCUUCUUCUUUCAAUCUUCUUCCUCUUACUUCUUUAUGCUGGUCUAUAUAUUUUUCUUUCUUUCAUUUUUUUCUUUCUUUUCGUUCUUUCUUUCUUUCUUUCUUUCUUUCUUUAUUCGCCGCUUCCUUAUAAAUACACUUUCCUUCUUGGUCCUUCCUUAUCAAUAUAUUUUCUUUUCUUUUCCCCUUCAUUAAUAAUGCAUAUUUCUUUCUUUCUUUCUUUCUUUCUUUCUUUCAUUUUUCUUUCUUUCUUUCUUUUUUCUUUCUUUCUUUCUUUCUUUCUUUCUUUCUUUCUUUUCCUUCUUUUCCGUCCUUAUCAAUACAUUUUCUUUUUGGUUUUCCUCUUCAUUACUUUCUUUCUUUCUUUUUGUUUAAUACUAAUGCUUUUUGUUUGCUUCCUUCUUUCUUUCCUUUCUUUCUUUCUCUUUCUUUCUUUCUUUUUGUUUAAUACUAAUGCUUUUUGUUUGCUUCCUUCUUUCUUUCCUUUCUUUUUUCAUCCAUUCAUGCUUUCUUUCUUAUUGUUUUGUACUGUUUACUUCCUAGUAUCAUUCUUUCUUUUUCAACUAAUUUCUUUCUUCUAUUUAUUCUUUCUCUCUUUCAUUCAUUCUUUCAUCCUUUCUUUUUCAUUCAUUUAUUUUUUUCAUUCAUGCUAUUUUUCAUUCUUUCAUUCAUUCAAUCAUUAUUCCUGUCAUUCAAUCAUUCCUUUCUUUCAUUCAUUUUAUUUUCAUUCUUUAAUUAAUUCGAUUAUUCCUGUCAUUCAAUCAUUUCUUUUUUUUCAUUCAUGCUGUUUUUCAUUCAUUCAUUCAUUCAUUUUUAUAUUUCAAUACUUAUUAUUUCAUUCAUGCUAUUUUUCAUUAUUUCAUUCAUUAUUUUUUCAUUCAAUCAUUAUUUAUGUAAUUCAAUCAUUUCUUUCAUUCCUUUUCUCUUUCUCUCUUUCUUUUUUCAUUCUUUUUUUUCAUUAUUUAUCUAUUUCAUUCUUUCUUUCUCUCAUUCUUGGCAUCUUUCAUUCUUUCCUACAUUCUAUCUUUUAUUCAAUCAUUAAUUUUUCAUUUAAUCAUUUCUUUAUUUCAUUCAUCAUUAUAUUCUUUCUCUCUUUGUUUCUUUCAUUUUCUCAUUAUUUCUUCCUUCAUUUCACUCUUUCUUUCUUUCUUUCUUUCAUUCAUUCUUUCUUUUUUUCAUACAAUAAUUCAUCAUUUCUUUCUUUCUUUUUCUUUUUUCACAUUUUUUUCGAAUCGCUGUUUGCUUAUUUUUUUUUAAUUCGCCUCUUUCACCGCCUUCAUUAUUUUUACUUUUUCUUCUUUCGCUCGAAGAAUAGCGUGUGGAGAGAGCAUAGAAAGUGGGAAAGAUUACCAAAUGAUUUAAAGAAACAGUGCAAUAAAAAUACAAACUGUUAUCUAUCUAUCUAUCUAUCUAUCUAUCUAUCUAUCUAUCUAUCUAUCUAUCUAUCCCAAUCGGUUCCUAUCUAUCUAUCUAUCUAUCUAUCUAUCUAUCUAUCUAUCUAUCUAUCUAUCACAGUUUAUUUGUCUGUCUGUCUAUCAUUCUAUCUGUCAGUUUGUCAGUCUAUCUAUCUAUCUAUCUAUCUAUCUAUCUAUCUAUCUAUCUAUCUAUCUAUUUAUCUAUCUAUUUCAGUUUGUUAA